AUGGAUUCAUCAUCACAUGAAACUGUGAUUUCUACAAAGGGAAAAGAUCAAAGUUGGAAUCUUUUCAAUUCUCAACCACAACCCACCAUGUCAUUCUCGACGAUCGAUGUUUGCAAGAAGCGGAAACGAUGGCAGAAGAUUUUUAGGUUACAAUCUUUCGCUGAUCCUGGUUGUCCAAUUGCACCUUCAGGUUCUUUCCGUGAAAAUGUUCGAUUGUUUCUUCAAGAAGCUGGUGAACUUGAAGAUUAUACGGUUAUGGGAAAUCCUCUUUGGUGCACUUUUCUGAAUCAUGAAAAGUCAAAUCUUAUGGUUCCUUUCUAUACUCUUGAAGAACAAGUUUAUAAUUCUUCUCAUCCUUUCUGUGAUCAUUGCCGUUGUGUAGGUUGGAGUGGACAUUUUGUAUCAAAGAGAAGGUACCAUUUCAUAAUUCCAAUGGAUAAUGAGUGGCAUAAGCCCUUAAAUGAAGAAGCUCUUGAUAAUCAGAAUCAUCUGUUACAUGGUGUGAUUCACUGCAAUGGUUAUGGCCAUUUGAUAUGUCUUAAUGGCAUUGAAGGUGGCUCCAAAUUUCUCAGUGGUAGAGAAAUCAUGGAACUAUGGGAUAGAAUUUGCACCAAUCUUACAGCAAGGCAAAUUGCAGUGGAAGAUGCUUCAAGGAAAAGAUCAAUGGAUCUUAGAUUACUUCAUGGAGUUGCUUAUGGUCACUCUUGGUUUGGUAGGUGGGGCUAUAAGUUCUGUCGUGGAAGCUUUGGUGUGACAGAAGAAAACUACUAUGAAGCAAUUGAAACUCUUGGUUCAUUAGUUCUUGAUGAUAUUGUAAGAGAUUUGAGUAAGACAAAGUAUCAUAAAGAUAUCAAACAAAUGAUUCGUUUCUAUAGAGAUAUGAGUGAAACUCGUAUAGUCACAAUAAGGGAGCUUCUUAGAUUCAUGCUUACUGUCAAGUCUCGUCAUACUGUAUCGAAGAUAACAGUCACUUAUUCUUCUUCUGACGCUGCUUCUGCUGCUGAUUCACCUCCUUGUUCUACUUCAGCAUGUAUGUCAAGAAAUUCGACCAAACAUGCACUUUCAAGUAGAUCAAAUUCCAUGAAUAAGGAAAAAUCAGCAAGGUAUAAGAAGUUCAGCACUGCAGUGGCGACUAUGGAUAGUAGAUGGCCAACAAGGAGACUCGAAUUCGCAGCUCAAGUGAUUGUUGAUGCAUUAAAAGAAGACAAAGCUAUGAAACCAGGCUCAAGUGGCAUGACAAGGCAAGAUGUGAGGGAUGCAGCUAGGGUUCACAUUGGUGACACAGGUUUACUUGAUUAUGUGCUGAAAUCACUCAACAAUGUGAUUGUUGAAAACUAUGUCGUUCGUCGUAUGGUUAACCCUUCAUCAAGGAUCCUUGAGUAUACCAUUCAUGAGCUUGGAAAAGAGUUCAAAGCACCUGAAGUAGAAUAUAGUGUAAUGACACUUGUAGAUAAUCCUCAAGUGGAGUCAUCAACACCAUCAUCAUCAUCUUCUUUAUCUUUGGUGCCUGGUAAUGAUGUUUACAGUGAUGUAGUUUAUCUCUACAAGAAUGUGUUACUAGGUUAUCCAGAUUCAGAGCCAGUUGAAUUAGCAGUUCAGACAAUUCUUCACUGCAGACACUUUGUGAAAGAGUGGAAAUUGAGAGAUGAAAUGGAGCAAGUUUUGACAUUUAUUUGCCGUUUGAAACCGAAUUUCAUCGAAAAUAAGUCUGAUUUCAAAGGGCCAUCUUGUGGUGAGAUUGUAACUGUUCCACUGCAUGCAACAGUUAAAGAUUUGAAGCAAGCUGCUGAGGCUGCAUUAAGGGACACAUAUUGCAUAGCUGAAAGACUAAUUGUAACUGAUAUCAAAGAAUUGAUGGAUGCGGAUGAUGAAGAAGUUAUUUUUGGACAGAUUGAAUCAGGUGUGAAGCUUUGUGUGAGGGGAAUUGGAAUAGAUUUAUACACACCAUUGAAGUAUCAAGGAGGUUCUGAUAAUUGGAAGGUGAGGUGUGAGUGUGGAGCACAGGAUGAUGAUGGUGAGAGAAUGAUUGCUUGUGAUAUUUGUGAGGUAUGGCAGCAUACAAGAUGUUGUGGAAUAGAUGAUUCUGAGACAGUUCCACCAUUGUUUGUUUGUUCUGGAUGUUGUGAUUCACUUGUACCGCCAAGGAUCGAAUCUAGCCGCUAUGGUAUGGUGGAUUGUGCUGAUGCUUUUCUGGUUUCAGCUGAGGCUGCUCAUUUGCUUGAGUAUGGUUAUGGGUAUUGA